AUGGCACAGGGACACCAUGGCCUGCCUGAUGAAGGAGUCCAGAGCAACCUGCACCUCGAGGUCCUGGUGAAGGAGUGCAGCAGCCUGGAGCAGCAGCAUGGCACUCCAAAAUGGUCGGAAGGGGCCAGAGCAGAGCCCACUGCUGCUUGGCCCAUGCGUCUGCUGGGCAUCGCUCUGCUCCUGGGCGCUGCAGCUGUGCCCGGUGGCAGCUUCAAGCUGCGUGGCCAGCCGUGCAUAUUCGACCGCUCCAGGUACAACUGUGGCGCCACCCUCAUCAGCCAGAGAUGGGUCCUGACUGCAGCCCAUUGCCACACCGGCCCCAUCCACGUGCGGCUGGGGAAGUACAACCUGUACACGCGGGAGGGGAGCGAGCAGCACCGAGCCGUGGCCAAGGCCCUCAUCCACCCCGGCUACAACUGCACAGACCACAACAACGACAUCAUGCUGCUCAAGCUGCACACGCCGGCCGCGCUCAACCGCUAUGUCCAACCGCUGGGCCUGGCCUCCCGGUGCGCGGAGCCAGGAAAGCAGUGCUCCAUCUCGGGCUGGAGCAACGCCAUCAACGCCCAAGAAAACGUCUCCGUCAUCCUCUACUGCAGCACGGUCCACACCAUCUCGGAUGAGCAGUGCGCGGCCGACUUCCCCGGGCACGUCAACGGGAACAUGCUGUGUGCUGGCCUGAGGGGCGGAGGCACGGAUUCCUGCGAGGGUGACUCCGGAGGCCCACUGGUGUGUGAUGGGAAGCUGCAGGGCGUGGUGUCCUGGGGGGACGUGCCUUGUCUCUCCACCCUGAAACCUGGAGUUUACAUGAACGUCUGUAAAUACUACAACUGGCUCCUGGCCACCAUGUGGGCAAACUGAGCCCCCCAGAAUAAACCAAGUGCUGCCCCCUUGAGCCUUGGCGUCUCCUUUCCCCACUUGGUUAAUUUUUAAAAAAAAUUUCUGCUGGAUUUUUUUCACUUUAAUUCCCCAUUUUUUGAUGAAAAUGCUGAAAACGGACUUCUUCCUCAUGUCCCUUUUGCAUUUUCAUUUCAUUUUUUUUUC